AUGAGAUCACAAGCUCACGUUGCUGAGGAUAAGGAGGCAGACGAUCUGGCUGAUAUGAAAAGCUUAAAGGUCUUAAAUUUGCAACACAAUUUCCUCCAUGGUGUCCUACCAGUUGAAGAUCUGGCUGAUAUGAAAAGCUUAAAGGUCUUAAAUUUGCAACACAAUUUCCUCCAUGGUGUCCUACCAGUUGAAGGUUUUGCAGCUUCUGGGAGUUUGGAGAUUUUAGAUUUGAGUCACAACAUGUUGGAAACAACUAUUCCUUCUUACAUAGGGCGACUAACUUCCCUCAAGGCUUUAUCUUUGUCUGAAAAUAGAUUCUAUGGCUCUUUACCAAGUGAAGAUUUGUGUAAACUGGAGAAACUUGAAGAGUUUGAUGUUAGCAUGAAUUACCAUCUUGAAGGAAUCCUUCCUUCAUGCAUAAACAAUCUGACGUCUCUUCGGCUAUUAGAUCUCUCAAUGAACAAAUUCAGUGGAAACAUUUCCUCAUCCUGGAUAGCUAGCCUAAAAUCCCUCCAGUACAUUGAUCUUGGUCAUAAUAAGUUUGAAGGUGUAUUCUCAUUCAUCUCAUUGGCUAAUCACUCCCAGCUUCAAGUGGUUCAAUUUACAUGUGAUGACUACAAACUCCAGAUUACAGAAAUUUUAGGUUGGAUACCUUUGUUUCAAUUACAGUUCCUCGUGCUCUCAAACUGUUUGAAAAAACUCUCCACUGAAAUUCCAGCGUUUCUCUUCCACCAGCACAGCUUGAGAGUAGCUGAUCUCUCUCACAACAAGUUGAAAGGACGGAUCCCUGGUUGGUUGCUUGAAAACAAUACAAUGCUAGAAUAUCUUAGUCUGAGGGAUAACUCCUUUCUGGGUCUGUUUCAUCUGCCACCCCAUCUUAACCUGAGCAUUUCUUGGAUGGAUGUUUCAGCCAAUCAGUUUGAUGGGCAGCUUCAGGAAAACAUAGGAAAUCUCCUACCAAACAUAAAGAGCCUAGACUUGUCCAGAAAUGCUUUUGAAGGUCAUCUCCCCUCAUCAAUUGGGAACAUGAGUGGAAUGGAGAUCGUCCUUCAAUAACUUCUCAGGCGUAGUACCCAAAGAAUUGGUUGCAGAUUGUUCAAAGCUGAAGGUUCUAAAAUUAUCAAGGAAUAAUUUUCAUGGUGAUUUAUUUUCGACCCACUUUAACUUAACCCGGUUGCUGCUUCUAGAUUUUAGUGACAAUCAGUUCUCCGGAACUCUGUCGAAGAAAUUAUUAAAAUUUGCACAGGAGUUCAUGGACGGCAGCAAUAACCACUUGUCCGGUAAGAUUCCCAGCUGGAUAUGUAACAACAUGAUUAUACAAACACUCAUCUUGAGUUAUAAUUUUUUCAGUGGUCAUUUUCAAUGUGAAAGCUCUAUACUUGAGUUUUUAGACCUUUCUCAUAAUUUUCUGUCGGGAUCUUUACCUUCCUCGUCAGGGAAUUCUUUGAGGCACAUACAUUUUCAAGGGAAUAUGUUUUCCGGUUCAAUACCGAAAGCCUUCAUCAAUGCUCUUAUCAACGGGUCAAAUAUUGUGACAUUGGAUAUCAGGGAAAACAACUUGUCAGGUAGCAUUCCCAGCCUGCUCGGA